AUGGAUUGGAACCAGCUCAAAGACCAGGUCUCCAACCUGACCCUGUACGACGUCAAGGCCGGUGUCCGUAAGGUCCAAAAUGCUGUCAUGAACUACACAGAAAUGGAGGCCAAGGUUCGCGAAGCCACCAACAACGAACCUUGGGGCGCAUCCUCCAGCAUCAUGCAGGAGAUCGCGAACGGCACCUUCAAUUACGCUACCCUCAACGAGAUCAUGCCCAUGAUUUACCGCCGAUUCACAGAAAAGUCCGCCGAGGAGUGGCGACAAAUCUACAAGGCCCUCCAGCUUCUCGAAUUCCUUAUUAAGCAUGGCUCCGAGCGUGUCAUUGACGACGCCCGUGGCCACAUCACACUGCUCAAGAUGCUGCGCCAGUUCCACUUCAUCGACCAGAACGGCAAGGACCAGGGAAUCAAUGUGCGAAACCGCGCCAAGGAGCUGGCCGAGCUCCUGGGCGAUGUCGAACGAAUCCGAUCGGAGCGCAAGAAGGCGCGCGCGACCAAGAACAAGUACACUGGUGUUGAGGGUGGCAUGGGUCUCGGUGGAGGUUUCUCGAGCGGCAGCGGCAGUCGAUACGGCGGUUUCGGCAGCGAGUCGGGUGGCUACGGCGGAUACUCUGGAGGUGUCUACGGCGACGGUGGCGGCUUUGGUGGACAGGAGAGCAACGACUACGGAAGGACACAGGCACACGGAGACAAGUUUGAGGAGUACGAUGAGUUUGACGACCCUGCCGACAGGCCAGCAGCCAGCUCCUCGGCGUCUCGGUCCAAGAGACCCGAGCGUGCAGCCGCACCCAAGGCCGAACCCCCCAAGAAGAAGGAGCCAGAAGUUGACCUCUUCUCUUUUGACGACCCGGCGCCAUCCUCGAUGCCGGCCCCCGUUGCGCCGACAGCUUCCAAUGGCUCCGGCUUGGCUUCUUUGUCCGCAGCUCCCGCUGCCGCUAACGACGACGAUGAGUUCGACGAUUUCCAGUCCGCCACCCCUGCCCCUGCUGCCGCCUCAGCUACACCUUUGUCCCCUCCCGUCAUGACCGCUACCUCUGCCACUACCUUUGCCGCCCCUCAGCCUGUAUCUGCGCCGCAGCAGGCCAACAUUGGCAACAUGGUCAGCAUGUCGUCCAUGUCUCCAGCCCCGAGUGGCGCCAACUACUCUGCCUUCAGCACUCCCGCUGUGGCGUCGCCUGCGGCUCAGGCCCCCAAGCCCUCUGGCUACCAGCCCUCAGGGCCCAACUACUUUGGCUCUGUCCAGUCCGGAGCUGUCGCCCAAAACACGGGAGGCUCGUUUGGCGCCGCUUCCCCCAUGGCUGCGUCGAAGCCUGCGUCGACUCCUGCUGCCAAGCCCGCGGCUGCUGGAGGCGAUGCUUUCGGUGCCCUCUGGUCUCAGGCUAGUGUUGGUGUGAAGAAGACGAGCACUCCCACUGCUGGCCCUGCCAUGGGACAGCUCGCCAAGGAGAAGAGCAGUGCUGGUAUCUGGGGAGCCCCCGCGGCAGCAUCCUCUACUCCCAAGCCUGCUGCCGGGUCUUCCUCUGGCGGCAACCACGGCCUGGACGACUUGCUCGGUUAA